AUGGGGAAACGAUCAAACUCUACUUAUGUCGGAAACGCGGCUAAAAAAUUUGAGUCCUUAGAGGAUAGUAUUUCAAAUGAAUAUACCAAAUAUUGUCCCACCCACAAUCUUGACGCUGUGGACACCAUCGCCCUGCCUGAAAACCAAGACGAGAUCGAUGCAUUCUUGAAAAACUAUGUUUUGGAGCGUAAACCUUGCAAAAUAAUUGGUGUGGAAUCACAAGGCUCAAUUAUCAACGAACUUGGAGUAAACAACAUUUGCGAUAAAUUUCCAUCCCAUGAUAUCUUACAAGUGGAAAGAAAAGUCGAAGGAGGAUUUGGAAGUGGGGAAAAACGGCUCCGGAUGACUUUUCAAGAGUUCAUGGGCCGUCUCAAGAUGGGGGAAAGUGAGCUGUACUUAACAACCCAAUACGGCGGCGACCAUGAGAAUUCGGACGUUGACCAUGACGAUGAAAAUGAAGGUGAAGAGGAGGACUCUACUGCGGAAGAGUUGGGUUCAGAACAAGCCUUUUCUAAAGCUGCUGAUUUCUCAGACACAGAAUCUUUCAUCAUGGAUGAUGCCCAUGAUGAUUUCGAUGAAGUGUUUUCAUCAGGACAAUACGAAGAAGCACAGGAAAGCGAUACCGACGCAGAAGAAGAGGAAAAGCAGGGGGAGACAAUCAUUGCAGAACUGCCGUCAGGGGCACUUCGAGCCACCGAGGCUAAUCAGAGGGUAAAAGAACUGUAUCAACCCCCGAUGAAUAGUAUUAUUAAUAUCUUACCGGAAACUCCUAGUUUUGUAGGCGGCUUGAUACCCCAACAAAUCAAUCUAUGGAUAGGGUCAACUGCUGGAAACCAGCAAAGCGAUGAUAAGAGCUUUCUCUCUAAUUUCGACCCAACCGCGACGAACUUGGGUUUGGGCAGAUUUGUUCCCGGCGGCGGCUCUUCUUCUGGCUUACACCACGACCAUGCGGAUAACAUCUACAUACCAAUUAGUGGUCACAAGAGGUUUACUCUGUUUUCGCCAAAAGAUGCUGGUAAGAUGUACACGCGGGGUGUAAUUCGCAAAGUAUACAAUUCUGGGGUUAUAGACUACGCUCGAUGUGAAAAAUCCCCUUUUUGGCGAAACUUGAGAGAUGAUGGCGCCAUAGUAGCGGAAGUUGCCCACUUCGAGCUGCAAAAUAACCCUUCUUUAGCGGAUGCGGAUAAAGAGCGCUUGCAAAAGAUAGUCGACCAGGACGAACGUCAGAUCGAUGCAGCAUAUGAACAAGGCAAACUAGACCCACCAUCUUUUUCCAGUAUAGUUCCUGCCAUCAUACACUUGGACAAAAUAGAAGAUGGGCUGGUGAGAGAUAACAUAUACAAUAAGGCGGUUGAGCAUUGGCCCUUAUUUUUCAAGGCGAACCGAAUUGCGGUUGAUUUGGGGCCUGGUGAAAUGCUUUAUUUGCCCACAGGCUGGUUCCACGAAGUAACAUCCUUUGGCAAGCAAGGCAGCUCCACACUGGAAGAUCAAAUUCAUGUGGCCGUGAACUACUGGUUUGCGCCCCCCAAUGGUACCACCACCGACAAUUUGUACCCCAACAAGGAUAACUACUGGUCUCUUGACUACGAAAGGACCAUGACUGCUGUGAGAGCUUCGAGAAAUGGACCCUGA